AUGAGCGCUUCAAGGUUCAUAAAGUGCGUUACCGUCGGUGACGGAGCUGUCGGUAAAACAUGUUUGCUGAUUUCUUACACCAGCAACACAUUUCCCACGGAUUAUGUUCCGACUGUUUUCGAUAACUUUAGUGCGAAUGUUGUUGUUAAUGGGGCUACGGUGAAUCUAGGAUUGUGGGAUACUGCAGGGCAGGAGGACUAUAACAGAUUAAGACCUUUGAGUUACCGUGGUGCUGAUGUUUUCAUUCUAGCCUUUUCUCUCAUUAGUAAGGCUAGUUAUGAGAAUGUGUCCAAGAAGUGGAUCCCAGAGUUGAAGCACUAUGCUCCUGGUGUCCCGAUCGUCCUCGUUGGAACCAAACUAGAUCUUCGAGAUGACAAACAGUUCUUUAUCGACCAUCCUGGUGCUGUGCCUAUUACCACUGCUCAGGGAGAGGAGCUCAAGAAACUAAUCGGAGCUCCUGCUUACAUCGAGUGCAGUUCAAAAUCACAAGAGAACGUGAAGGGAGUGUUCGAUGCAGCGAUCAGAGUGGUCCUUCAACCUCCAAAGCAGAAGAAAAAGAAGAGCAAAGCACAAAAAGCUUGCUCCAUCUUGUAA